AUGGUGUCCGAUCCCUGCUCCUGUCCACCAAGCAAAGGGGAUAGCCUGCCAAACCGUUGCCAUGGUCACCAUGGCAACUCACUAGCCUCAAGCUCCGCCUCCAGCAGCCAUUGGUCGAGAUCCCGCUUACAAAAUCCCAUCAGGAUUGAGCGUAGUCAAGGGCAAAGCAAGACACCUGUCAGCUUUGUUGUACCUGUCAGUAGUCUGGGUUACCCUGUUGGUUCACCAGGGAGUAGCAUCUGGGCUUAUACACAAGGGAGCAGCGGUGACUGGAUCCCAAGUAGCAACUUAGAGGACAUACCAGGCACAGCAGCUAACAGGAUGCCUAACUUCCCCCAUCAAGACACUGUCAAGAGAGGAUGGCUUCCAAAUGAACAAACACCUGUCAGCCGGUUUGGUGAGAAACAUGAGCCAAUGUCUGGCAUGCAUCAUAACAUGGCCAUGGGAGAUGGGGGAGGGGUGACAGCUCAUGGAAUGGCAGGAACGGUCUGGCACCCUGUAGCCACCAUGCAACUUCAAGUCACCAAUCCAAAGGUGUGGGAAGCAUGGCGCCAGUCAGUCAUGUGACAUGAGGACACCUUUCCAUCCGUAUCCACAGAGGGCGCUGUUUGUCACAACUGCAGCAUACUCCACAGAUAGUUAAGUUAAUUAAGUUUUCUAAGAUGUGCAGCACCCAUAGAGGGCGCUAUAAUGCUAUCUGGUUUGUUGCCUAAUGCUGCAUUCCAAUCGCGUCGUGUUUAUCGUGUUCACGAGUUCAGUCGUAUUAUAGCGUUCUUAUCGCCUGGUAACUUGAAUUCACCAGUGGUGAACUGGAGGCGAAAUUUUCACCUCAAGUUCAUGACGUAG